AUGAAGCGGUUAGCACCGCUCUUGCUCCUGGCGUCGCUCGCCGCGCCAGGUGCUCUAGCUGCUCGAAAACCAUUCAGCAUCCACGAUGAUGUUUUGGCAUUUCCGCAGUUUGAUGUCGUCUUUCCGGAGGAAUAUAUCCUAGAGUCCGAAGCGGCCGCGCGAUUGCGGGCCCAAGACCAAUCUUCACAUCGUCGAGAUUUGGACAGAGCUUCGCAGAAGCCGUUGGGAACACACGGAAAAGGCAAGGACAGCGCAAACCCCGAGAGGGACUCGGAAUCCGCGCCGGAUGAGUUUACCUACGAGGAGAUGAUCCUUCGCGGCCAGCGAUAUCUCUGCCAGAUACCCAAGGUCGAUGUCCUGUCGAAUACGACCGCUGAGGCAGAGCAGCACGCCGCCGGCAACAAGACGGAGCAGGAACUCGAAUUGGCGCGCGCGACAGAUCGAGGAUUGGAACUUCUCAAGGACAUGGAAGGAACAUGCAUGUACUACGUGUCCGGCUGGUGGUCCUACUCAUUCUGCUAUAAGAAGCAG